UCUGGUGAAAGGAAGUGGAGCUCUGGCCUGAAGUGGCUCCCCGGGCCUCGGGCCUCUCGGGGACACCUGGCCAGUUAAGAGGACAGCGUGUGCCGGCUGCCGAGGGGAGCGCAGCAUCCACCGCGAGGGACCUCGACGCGCCCUGCUGCUCAUGCCGGCGGGUUUCUGCCAGGAGGAAGCCGGCGGCAGGACCCUCGCCAGGGCCCGGCUGGCACAGCAUGGAGCGCUCGAGCAAGAUGGAGUUCUUCCAGAAGCUGGGCUACGGCCGGGAGGACGUGGUCAGGGUGCUGGGUAAGCUGGGCGAGGACGCCCUGGUCAACGACGUGCUGCAGGAGCUGAUCCAGACGGGCAGCCGGCCCAGCGCCCACGAGGGCAGCGCCGCGCCCCUGCUCGUGCCCAGAGGCUCCUGCGGGACCCCCGACUCUGCCCAGCGCGGGCUGGGGGCGGACCCGGGAGAGGACAGCGGAGGUCCAGCCAGUUCCUUGCGACCCAUAGUCAUCGACGGCAGCAACGUGGCAAUGAGCCAUGGAAAUAAAGAAGCCUUCUCUUGCCGGGGAAUCCAGCUGGCUGUGGACUGGUUCAGGGACAGAGGACACACCUACAUCAAAGUUUUUGUCCCCUCCUGGAGGAAAGAUCCACCAAGAUCUGAUACCCCGAUUAGAGAGCAGCACGUGCUGGAGGAUCUGGAGAGGCAAUCGGUGCUGGUGUACACGCCUUCCCGCAAGGUGAGCGGCAAGCGCGUGGUCUGCUACGACGACCGCUACAUCGUGAAAGUGGCCUACGAGCAGGACGGGGUCAUCGUCUCCAAUGACAACUACCGAGACCUACAGAGCGAGAACCCCGAGUGGAAGUGGUUCAUCGAGCAGAGGCUGCUCAUGUUCUCCUUCGUCAACGACCGGUUCAUGCCUCCUGAUGACCCCCUGGGCCGUCGGGGACCCACCCUGAGCAACUUCCUGAGCAGGAAGCCAAAGCCCCCAGAGCCGUCCUGGCAGCACUGCCCCUACGGCAAGAAAUGCACCUACGGCAUCAAGUGCAAGUUCUACCACCCCGAGAGGCCGCACCACGGGCAGCUGGCGGUGGCCGACGAGCUCCGCGCGCAGACGCGGGCCUGGCGGGGCGCGGGCGGCGAGGAGGCGCGGCGGGCGAGCGCGCGCGCGGCGGGCCCGGCGGAGCAGGGCGGCUCCCGGGGCGCCCCCGCCGCCCGGCCCGGCCCCGGGGAGCCCGGCGUCAGCAGCCUGCUCCCCGCGCGGCGGUCGGCGGACGUGGCGGCUCUCGAAGGCAGCUUCUCGCGCCUCGUCCUCAGCGACGACCCGGGGCGGUUCCGGGCGCCCCCUCGGGGCCCCGGCUGCAGCCUCGCGACCAGGCCGCCUGGUCCCGACUGGGUGGCGCCCGGGACCCCGCUGUCCCCGCCAGCCCCGCCCGGCCUCCCGAGCCCCCGGAGCCCGCCCGGCCUGCGGGGUGGGUACCGCCCCGGCGCCCCGCAGAGUGAUCGGCGCCCGCCGCGCCGGCAGCCCGCCGACCCGUGGGCCCUUCCUCCAGAGGCCGGCCGGCUCCCGGGAUGCCCUGCCUGGGCGGAGUCGGGUUGGGACGAUGGUGCCUUCGGGGGUCCUUUGAGGUCCGUGCCCCAGGCUGCGGCCCGUGAGGUGGACGCCCGCGCCCGGGCACGCACCGUGCUCUGCAGCCUCUUCCCGCCCCGCCAGGUGGACAGCGUCAUGGCCCUGUUCCCCGAGCUCUCCGACAUCGCCAGGCUCAUCCUCCUCAUCCAGAGAUUCCAAAAGUCCGGUGCCCCCGUGGGGAAGCCCUGAGGAGCUGGUCUAGGCCGCCGCAUGGGAUGUCCCAGUCUUGCCUUGCAGCCUAACCGGGCUCGUGGCGGUGAUCAGCCUGCACCUGGGCCGGCGCACCCUGUGGAGCCCCCUUUCCCUGAAAGACGGUCAGUUCCCUGGAGGAGGCCACCUUCCUCACCCUCUGCGGUGCCCGUGCUGGCACUUGGUGACCGUCACUGACGAUGCAGGGGCUGCUGCUGGAGGGUCCGUGUCCUGCAGAAUAAAGCUGGCCUUCCGUGGAGGGAGUGAUUUCUCAUGCCUGAAGACUACGAGGCCCACUAGGGCUCCAAGGGUUUGUCCAGAUCACUGCGUGGCUGUUUUUGUCCAGCUGCAACUGGGAGCCACAAAUGGGUCACAAGAUCACUUUAGUGGGUGACACCCGAAACAGGGUGGAAUAGGGACACACCCCGCAUAAUCAGGUUAAGUAGGAAACUCUUGUUAGCUACAGGUGUCCCUGUGUACCCUUGGCAGCCACGUGAACUGAACCUGGGUCAUGGGCAAAAGGUGGAAAACUGGUAAAUGGCCUUGAAUUUUGUUGCAUCAGAUCAUGUUUGAAAUAUGCAGUCCCUUGGCUGGUAGAGAUGUUGGCAUCUGGAAGUUUUCAUAUGAGCUGUUUCUAACCUCCUGAGGGGAACCCAGAGUUCUAGCCUCCAUGUGUGGGCUCCACUUUCACUCUGAGAUUAUGUGGCUGUGCUGGUCUGUGGAGGUGUGGCAGGGGCACCUGGUCCAGUGUCCUCGCACCCUUCACACAUGCACACCAUACACACAAAAAUAGCACACACACACACACACCACUUGACUCAGGACUAAGCGUCCCAGUUUUUCAGCCAUGCAUCAUGGCAGUUUCCAACCCGGGCCCUGUCCUGGCCAAGCCUUCUGAGCCACACCUCACAGCUGAGCCCAAGCCCAGUGAGUCAGGGCUUUUGCUC